UCUUCACCAAAAUAACAUCUCCUAUUGCUCCUAAUCUCUCUCCAUUUCUCUUCUCUCAGCCUCUCGCAUUCUCGGCGAUUACAAAUCUGAAAUUUCCCGACGACCCUUUUCAAGGAUUUCAUUCAUUUCUCAAUGGAAACCCCGUCAUCCACAAGAAGAGUAACAAGAUCACAGACCUUGGCUGCUUCUGCCAACAACAGCAACUUACUCCUCUCAAGGAAAGUUGAGGAAUCUGAAAAGGUUUUGGCGAAAUCAAGGCAGAGGAGUGCUAAGAAGCAGCAACAAGACCGAUCGGCCCUCAUCGAUAUUACGAAUGAUUCGCCGAUUGUUGGGCUUGCAAUGGGAAAUCUUGAGACCCCAUCAUCGGCAAUGUCCAAGAAGAGAACGGGCAGUCAAGGGCAGUUCGCUCGUACUCCGGGUUCCGGCGAGGCCCUUUUGAGGGGUCAAGUGAAGACCCUUUUGCAGAGAGUUGAAGAAGAGGCUGAACUAUCGAAAAUUACGCUCGAAAAUAGGCCACUCUUCAACCUUCAAGGCCUUGUCAACUCUCCAAUCAACCUUGUUGCCCCAACUCCUGCAAACACACCCCAAGUCUUGAACCUCUCUGCUAAUGCUGAUGGUUUGCCUUCUGUCACUCCCUCCCCAGUCACUGAGAAGUUUCUGAUCCCACAGAUGUUUGAUGAAAAGAAACAAGAGGGAGUUGAGUCUGAGAAUCUGAUCACAAGGUCUCUGUUGCUGGAUUUCUCUGAGAAGUCUGAUUCAUCUGAGUGCUCUUCUGUGGUGACUUAUCAAGGAGUAGUCUACGGAGACACAGAGAGUAGCAAAGAGAAACCCUCUACUGAUGACGAUGACUCGUCGAUUUGGUCUAUUCAGGUGAAUGCAAGCAGCACUAUGGAUGACGACGAAGAAGAACAAGAAGGGGAGAAUUGUCCCGAGGAAGAUUGUGAUGAUGAUUAUUAUCAAUAUGAAGAAGAAGAAGGGCAUGAAUUUGGUGAAGAUAAUGAUGACCUGCUUGAUGAGCUCUGUGAAGGAAUCAGCAAGAUUAGUGUGAAGGAGGGGCCAAAGUUUGAGGGGAAGCACAUUCGGUUCGUUUACAAUAGCGACGAUGAGAUUCAAGACGAGGAGCAAGUGUGUGUUGGUGAUGAAUGUGAAUCUCCAUCAUUGGAUGCUUCUUCACCUAGUCGUGGGGUGCUGCGUUUAAAAGGCUUGCCAACGCCUAAAGGGAAGCAUCUCCGGUUUCCUCAGGAAUCGGAGACGAUGGAGAGAUGAAAUGUUGUCAGCACCCAUGGGUUGUUUUUGCUCUUGAUGAUGGUUGUCUUCCUUGUGACACCAUCAUGGUUGUCUAGAUUGUUUCUAUUGUUUGAUGAUUCAAUUGGUUCUGUUAUUGGUUUACAAUUGUGCUGAUGAUAUUUUGCUGCUUUCAUUCUAACUGAUAUAUAUCAAUUGAUAUUGAUUUUAUGA